GUAAUUCUAUAAACUCCGAUUAAGUCCAAUAAAUUUACUUUUUCGUCUAAUUAGGUCACAUAAUUUCAAAUAAGAUUUCGACGGAGAUCGAAUUUCUAUAAACUGUUCAAAUCAAUUGUCACCGGCGUUCCCCAUAUUGUGAGCCGUGGGAGUGACAAGGGUUUGCUGAAUUGCAGGCAACACACUUCAAAUUCAAUGAACACUCUCAAUUUCACGAAGUACUCCGUAUUAAAUACAAAACCUGAAAUCAUGAAAUCCAGUUCAAAGAAGCAAAAGGGCUGCGACAAAAAAUGCAAAAACAGAGAUAGGUUAAGUGAAUUGCCAGACGAAAUACUUGUUCAAAUUCUAUCUUUUCUGACAAUCAGAGAUGCAAUUGGAACUGCCCAACUUCGCAGAUUUGGAAAUCUCUGGACUUUGAAUCCAACUCUUAAGUUCUUUGGCAACAUGGACAGGUUAAUCUACAAUGUGAUGAAAUAUCACAAAAAUCCCACUAUUGAUGUGUUUGAUUUAUGGUUUUAUAAUGGCGUUUCCCAGGAAAAGUUGAUGAAAUGGACUAAUUUUGCUUUAAGAAAAAAAACCAAAGUGUUGAAGUUUCAAUUUGGGUUUCUUACUAGUGUAAUUGUUCUACCACCUCGAGUUUUCCAUAGUCAAUGCCUUGUUACACUUGAACUUACUAAUUUGGUUAUCAAGCUACCUCGAAUUGUAUACAUGGGAUCACUCAAAACAUUGAAACUUGAUCACAUUGUCAUAAGUGAUAAGACAUUUGAAGUUAUGAUAUCUGGAUGCCCAGUUUUACAAGAAUUGUCUAUUAAAGUUCCUCGCGGAUUACAGAAGCUGCAUUUUAGUGCUCCGAACAUUCAGACAUUGAAGCUUGACCUUUUAGUAACACCUGAAGUAGCAUCAUACAAACGUUACUCGAUUGAUUGCCCUAACCUCAAGAUCUUGCAUGUUGAAGAAGUACUUUUGGAUAUUCUAGAAGUGAUUGAUGUUUCAUCUGUACGCGAAGCCACAUUCAGGACUUGUUACUUUUUUGAAGACCAGGAUAUAAGUGCAAGAAGUGUUCACCAUUUUGAAAUAUUACUUGACAAGUUUCGAAAUGCUGAGUUUUUCCAACAGGGAGGCAAAGCUUAUACACAAUUAAAACACUGCGGACAUCACUUUAUUGAGGAACUAGAUAUGUUAUGCAAUGGAUGGACGCACAUAGCUUUGAGGCCCGGAAUCCGUGGAAGCUGUCAGACAGGCAUUUGCAGAUUGCUGCGAAACUCAAUGGUGUUGGAAGAACUUAUAAUAUAUGCUGACAGGGAUUAUGUAUGUGAUUGCAAUGAAAUUCUUCUGCAAGAGGUUUCUUCUCGUUGUUUCAUGGAACGACUUAGAACUGUCUCUAUUCGUGAGUAUGAGAAGCCUUGUAAAGGUCUUCUGCAGCUGAUAGAAUUUCUGCUUAAAAGAUCUGACUCCUUGGAGAAAUUGGUUAUUGCCUGUAAAAGGAAGGAUCGGCUCUUCUCAACAGAGGGCCAAGAAUUCAUUUUGGAGCUAUUAAGCUUCUCAAGGACCUCGCGACAUGCAAGAGUUGUCUUUGCUUGACUGAUGGUAAUACAUACAGUAGGAACAACAUUUUUUUGCCUAUGUAUUUAACAAAAAGUUCCAUAGGGUAAGUUAUUAGGAUCCCUUUUGUGUAUAUUUUCCGCGCUGCCACUAGUGAUGGUGGUCUGGUCUGACUGUCUGAGUUUGCAAGGUAAAUGGUUCAGUUGCAGACUUGCAGUGUUGAUCCUUCUGGUGAUGGCCUGAUGGAGUGAUGGGGCUUAUGUUUGGUCCUUGUUGCAGUGUUUUGUGUUUUAUGUUAAUAUUGUUGAUGUGGUUUAUGUGCUAGUUGCUUUACUUUAGUCACCUUUAUGUCUUACGUGCUUAAACCCAAUUUCACUAAAUUUAUCGUGUUCUUCUUUUUCUUUUCUUGCGGUGCCUUGUCGUACUUUCUCCAAAUAAAAAUAUGGCCCAGGCAAAGGCGCAAAGCCCAUGACGUUGAGCCCAUGUCGUGCUUUUUUCAUGUUGGGUCGUGUCGUGCUUUUUUCAUGUUGGGUCGUGUCGUGCCUAGACCCUGUGCCAUUUUAGAAAUGAGUUAAAAUAAUACUUAAAACCGCGACAUCACGUUCCUAAGCUAAAUCUAUCUUUACUUUACCUCAACCAGUCAACCUACUCACUUCUUUCUUUUCACACAACACUUUCUUUUAAGUUAUAGUUGUCACUGCAAUCGCCACCACUACCACCACAAUCCAUUUUCCACUACCGCACCACAUCACACCCAAACCACCACUCCCAACCUUAUUGCAGGCAAACCACCACUUCCAAACACACCACAACAUAACCACUACUACCAAGAUAUAAAAUAAGAAAAACGGCCUUGUUAAUUUGCGCCUGUUAGCCACUUAGCUGGUUUGACUAACUGUUAGUGGUUAGAUAUUUUUUUUAUUUUUGUGACACAUUUACAGCCCCCCCAAAAAAAUCCACUAUUGAGGCGUGACUUGACCAAAUUUCAUCACUUGACCAAGAGGUCCAAGAGAAGCACUGAAAAAUUAAAAAUAUGAACAUUAGGGAACAGUUCUUCCCCCCAAAAAGCCAAAGCGGCAAAACCCCAUUCAACUUCUCUCUCAAUCUCUCAUCCCUUCAGUUUGUGCGAUCCGCGGAAUCAAGAAGAGUUUGCAGGUAAUUCCCGCCCUCCUCCAUUUUCUCAUUUUCAGUGAAAAUUCUUUUCAAUUUGUUGCAUUUAAUCAGUUGGGAAUAAUUGGGGAAGAACAUCAACCCUAAUUUGGUGAUAUUGAAGACCUAAUAUGUUUACUCUUAAAUUACCGCCGCUAAGCCUUCUUACUCUCUCCCCUUCAACUGCACAACAUUUGAACACAAUUUUAUUUAUUAUUAUUGUUUUCUGCAAAUCUGCAAUUGUAAAGCAAGCAAUUAAUUAAUCGGUUUUGAUUUUGAGCUGUUAAUCUCUAAACUUUAUGUCUCCGUCUCACUUAAUUAAGGUAAUCUGUGUAGCGUUUCAAUUGAAUUUUGAAUUGCAGCUCAUUUAUUUUGUUGAUGCAGCCUAUGAUUAGUGAGGCAUUUUUUGUGAUCAGUAACCCGAAAUCAGAAUGCUCAAUGGAACAUUCUAAAAAUUAAAAUAAUUUUGUUAAUGUUAUUUUCGCGAUUAUUAUUCAUGGAUGGUUUGUUUGAUCUUCAGUUCGGCAUAUAGAAACCGUUGAUUGAUAUCUUGUUCUUGAUGUGCGAAAACUGUCAUGUAGAUGAGACUCUAUUCUUGACAUAAAAGUUAUACCAAUGAUUUGUUUAAUCUGAAAUGGUAAAGUUUGAUUCCUGAUAAUCUGAUAUUAGAUGCAUUGUUUUGUUUGAGCUUCCACUACCCAGGACUUAAUGUUGGUUCCACUCAAUCUAUCAAGGAAAUAAGCUAUGUUCAGAAGAGGGAAUAAACCACUCUUUCUAUGGCGAUCUGUUCGGAACUUUCAUUUACCUAGCAUUGCUGCUGUUCUGGGGUUUUGAGUAAUGGAAAAUACAAAAGCGUGUUGCAUAGAGUUGUAACGAAUGAAAGUCAAAGCAGGAUAUCAUUAGGAAUGUUUUAUGGUCCGGAUAAAGAUGCUAUGAUUGGUCCAAUUGAAGAUUUAAUUGAUGAACAAUACAUCAUCCUCGACUCUAUCGGAAUUACUACUUUAGAGAAUUUCUUGAAAUGUAUCGGAAGCAAGAAGGCAAAAACCGUAAGAUUAAGGAAUUUUUUGAGAUAUAAACUAGUUAUUGGUAUUGUUGAUGAAAUUGAUGGAGUUCGACUCGUAAAUAUCUACAUUAAAUAAAGAAGAUUCAACCACAAAAAUGAAGGGAUUACCAGUGAGUUUAUAAUGGUCAUGCAUAAACGUUGGAAUAGAGAGUAUGGAAUUCCAUUGUUUGCAUACUAACUUGGAUUUAACCGCGGAUAUGAAAGGUAAUUUGUGGAAGAUUUCGAGUAAAACAUCAUUUGGGAGAUGUUUUAUUUUUGAUUUCCUUCGUCCUUGUUUUCUUCCUCCUCUCAUUUUCGCCAUAGCUACAUACUUUGCUUUGAGUUGCUUUUUAGAGUUUAAGUUAGGGUUUUAUAGUUGUUUGUAGACAAAUUUAUUUGUAUAGGGUAUAAGGUUAAUUAGGGUUUAGGGUAGGAUUGGAGUACUAUUAUUCUAUUAAGCCCAUUAUGGUUCA